CAAAGACCUGCCUCUGUUUUUAUAGCUGUAUGGGAAACUGUUCGUUUUGCAUAAUAUAAACGCUGACUCUGGCAGGUAGGUGGGGUUUAACGGGGCUGAUUAUUUACGGUACUUUUUGUAGCAGCAGAGCUCUCCGGGAUGGCAUAAGAGUGGCUAUUACUACGGGAGGAGAAAGCCUACCGACCAAACAAAAGACAGAGCCUCGUGGACUCGUUCCAUCGGCGAUGGCACAGCUGGAGGUGUUUUUGUUCACGGCUCUAGCUCGCAUUUCGUCUGUGAAAUCUGCUUCCUUUAUUGGCUAAUCCUGACCGGUACAUCAACCGACACCUCCAACUAUGGAUUGCAUUGAAGUUCCACCUUGUGUGUUUCUGCGUCAAGACAAUAAGAAGUAAGAGAAAAACAUCACGGACGACUGUGAGUUAUUCUCCAUUCCGGACUGAUCCCCAUCUAUAGAGCGGGUCAUUGAGAAAUGCAGAAGUCAACGGAUUUUUACCCGAAAUAGAUUUUGAUAGACUAUUUUGUUUCAAUCCUCGGCUGCAAUAUUCAGGAUAUUCCAUUGGUUGACGACACAAUGUUUAUUAUCCACUUUCUACGCAAGUUAUGUUUUAUCUACCAUAAAUUAUCCCUGUAGUUAGAAUAUAUGUCUUCCUGCUCUCUAUUUUGCAAUUAACGGCCUGGGAUGAUAUAACUGCAGUUUAGAGGAUUGCUUUGCGCUGCUAGGAAUAGUGCUCUGCUGUAGUUAAGCUCUUUUUAACAGAGAAAGGCCUGUAGGGAUAGACGCUACGCAGAUCGCCUAUAGGCUUUCAGAAAUACCCUUUUGUUCAUUUUGAUAACAAACCGAUAUAUAUAUAUAUAUAUAUAAAAUCAAAUGUAAUUCAUAUAUACGCAAGUAACCUAUUCUGAGCUGGUGUACAGUUGUAGGCUAUAAGGUGGAAUCAUCUGCCCACUGCACUAGCAAGGUGAGAGUAGAGUAGGGUUGCAGUGUGAGUGGAGUUCUCUGUGACAGAAGGACAACAACCAUGGCUCUGCCAGAUAACACCCCAGGCAUUCCCGUAGUGGAGGAAGUCAUCUUCCCUGAGAUAGUAGAGCUGAACGUGGGCGGCCAGGUGUACAUCACCCGCUACUCAACCCUCAUCAGUGUACCAGACUCUCUCCUGUGGGAGAUGUUUAGCAGGAAAACCACCAAAGGUCUGGCGAGGGACACCAAGGGCCGUUUCUUCCUGGACCGGGAUGGUUUCCUGUUCCGGUAUAUUCUGGACUACAUGAGAGAUCAGCAGCUGGUGCUCCCUGACCACUUCCCAGAGCGGGGACGCCUGCAGCGGGAGGCUGAGUUCUUCAACCUACCUGAGCUCAUAAAGAUCCUGGCGCCCAAACUCAGCAAGCAGAACUCGCUGGGUGACGAGGGGUGUCAGAGCGACCCGGAGGACUCCUCGCCGGGCAUCGACACCGGGCGCAACCUAGCCUCGCUGGGCACUGCCGCUGCCUGCGCCAGCCUGGUCCCCAGUGGAGACGGUAAGCACUCGGGAUUCAUCACCAUCGGUUAUCGCGGCUCCUAUACUUUGGGGCGCGACAGUCAGUCCGACGCCAAGUUCAGACGUGUUGCUCGCAUUAUGGUCUGUGGCAAGACGUCGCUGGCUAAAGAGGUGUUUGGGGAGACGCUCAACGAGAGCCGUGACCCGGACCGACCCCCAGAGCGCUACACAUCACGCUACUACCUCAAAUUCACCUUCCUGGAGCAGGCCUUUGACAAGCUGGCAGACGCCGGGUUUCACAUGGUGGCCUGUAACUCCACGGGGACCUGCGCCUUCGCUCACGAGCAGACGGACGACAAGAUCUGGACCAGCUACACUGAAUACGUGUUCUACCGUGAGUGAGACCAUCAUCAGCCCUGGUCCCGGGCCCCCAAGUGCUCCCCAGCCUCCAGCCCCUCUCCCGUUGCCUCCCUGGAUCCAGCCCUGGGUCCUCUUGCCUCCUGGACCCCAGCCUCCAGCCCUCCCUAGUUCUUUGACCCCCCUUUGUGCUCCCUAGCCUCCAGUCCUUGGCUCCAACCACCAAGUUCCCCCCCACCCCCCACUCUCCCAGCCUCCAGCACUUGGAUUCCUGCCUCAAGCCUCCCUGCCUCAAGCCCCCUGGCCCCCAGCCACAUGGGCCCCGGCUUCAAGUACCCUGGACCCCAGCCCCAUGGGCCCCUGCCUCAAGCCCCCUGGCCCCCAGCCCAA